AUGAGAAGAGAAGCAAAGCUUCGUAAGAUUCUUGAUGACAAGAAGGCACAGGCUGAAGAACAAGAAAGAAAAAUUAUAGAAAGGGUCAGAGAUAAUGUAACUAAAAAUGAAGAAUUUAAUCGACUUAAGAAUAAGAUAAGGAGUAUACAGGAGGAGCUAAGAUAUCAUGGCGGAGGGUCCAAUAGAUCUAGUAGUUCCAGCGAUAGCUCAGAAGAUUCUUCAGAAGAGGCUAGCUCAAACACGUCUCGUGAGAGAAAGAAAGAGUUCAACCCAAAUGACCCAACAGGUUCAAACCAUGAAAUAACUGAUUAUGAGAUCGAUAAAUACUUUGGGAAGGACAUAAAGAAUAAACUGGAAGGAAUUCUUAGUGUUAAAAUCAACGUCUUUCAGAAAGCUAAAGAAAAAUAAGUAUAUCCAGGAAGGUGAAGAAAGUUAUUUGGUCAGGCCAUAUGUAAACCAUGUCAUGGUGAAGCUUUAUAAGGACAAAUCUUUUGUAGGAAACUCUUUGAUGAACACUCAUUUUCUAAGUAAAAAUCAAGACUUUGAGAUGUACUCACAAGACUUCAGGAUUAAUAAGACAACAACCUUUGAUCAGUUAAAAUAAAGGUGCUUGAGACUUUUGGGGUGAAAAAGAAUACCAUCUCUUCAAAUUUCACGAUGACAAGCUAAAUGUUAUCCUUAUUGAUAAGAUUGAAGGAACAGGGUCAAUAUUUAACUCUUCAGAGAAAGAAAUGACUGUGAAUUCUUUCUUCGAAACAUUCUUGUAUACUAAAGCCAUCCUGAUCUUAAUGAAGCCAGUUGAGUUGCAGCCAACUUUGGUAACAGAACAGAAGGUGAGCAUUGGGAUCAGAAAGGAUAAAAAUUCAGGCGGAUUCUUCAACCCAAAUAACUUCGCAGCUCAGGAAGAAGAUGAAGCAGAUGAAUUACUAGAAAAUUUCAAUGAUGGAAAAAGUGGCCUCCUUAAUAAAUUAGGGAAAAGGAACAGAACACUUACUGGGACAAAGGGCAUUGGAAGUAGAUCGUUUUUAACCCUCUGAGUCUAUCUCUUACUUUUCUUGUUCGCAAUCCUCUCUCUAUUCUUGAGAGAAAAUACUGUAAAAUCAUACUAUAUUUCCAGAAUGGUCUAUGAAACUUUUGAUGAUAAUUUUACAACUAUAAACAGUAAUGAAGGUGUAUAUACCUUCCUCAGAGAUAAGAUAGGUGAGGAACUUUUGGAACAAAAUUUCUUUGGUAGUAUUAGCCUUCCUCAACUCAGGCUUAUGUCUUAUAUGGUCGGUCCUAUUAGAGUUAUGCAAAUGAGGACAAAGUCAAAGAAAUGCAAAAAGAUUUUUAAUGAUGAUGUGAAUAGCUGAUAUCAAGAUACCUAUAAUGAUGACACAAAGCAAACUUCAGAUAUAUGAACAGACCCUAACAAUGGAUGGUGUAAAUUUACAGGAAGAAGGGCUUCAAAUUUCAACAGAAGAAAAAUCUAUGGAAAAUAUGGGAAUUAUGACACAGAUGGAUACAUUUUUGAUUUUAAUCCAGAUAAGAAUAUCACUAUUUGGCAAGACACCAUUGAUGCCAUGAAGAAUCAAGGAAGCAUAGAUGGAAAUGAAGCUUAUUUAUCCCCAGCAACCAUUGCUUUACUGAUAUCUUUUGGCUUUUAUAACCCAUCUAGUGACGAAUGGAUCGCUACUGAGAUGUUAAUAGAAUAUGCAUCAAGUGUGGUUAGUCCAUCAUAUAUUGUCUCAAGGAAUUUUGAUGCAAAUCUGAGAGAGAGCUCUAGAGAAAAAGGACUUUGGGCUAUAGAAUUCUUCAAAUUUUUCCUAUCCUUCUACAUAUCGGUUUGCUGAGUAGUCCUUAGGAACAAGAUAUGGAAAUGGGAGAAUCUAAAGCGACAGCUGAGGUUGAAGUACUUAUUCAAAAUACUCGCUGAUAUCUGUAUAGUCCUCUGCAUCUUUAGCAACUUUAUUCUGAUCAUAGUCUUAUCUCAGGGUUCCACUGUGGACUUAAUAAACUCUGAUGAAUAUGUUGAUCUUAUCGAAAAGAGUAGUAUCUAUAAGGCAAUGAACAUCAUUGACUCAUGUAACAUACUUUUGCUGAUCCUUAAGAUUCUGCAUGUGCUCACUAUUAUUAAAGCAGUUAGAAUUAUUGUUAAGACAGUAAAACUCGCUUUUCAACAAAUUCUAAUCUAUGCUUUCAUUAUCAUGCCGAUGUUGGUAGCCUAUGCUCUGAUUGGAAUGGGAGUUUAUGGACCGUAUGUUGGACAAUUUAGUACUUUUGAAGGUAGCUUUUUAGCAGUUCUAGGAUUCAUAGUAGGCCAAUGUGAUUUAAAUACAAUGAUGAGGUACGAUCCUCUGUGGACAAUCCUGUAUGUAAUUUCGCUUACAAUAAUUAUAAUCUAUCUGAUAAUUUCAAGUUUUUCAGCAAUUCUGAUAGACUCUUUCGAGUACAUUGUCUACAAAGAGGGAUACCCUGGAGAAGCAGAGGAAGAUACAUGGACUGCAAAGGAUGCUUUUAUCUGGAUGCUUGAUAUUCUUCCAAGCAAGUGGCUUGCAGCAUUAAACCUAAAUAAAAAUAAGAAUAUCAAUGACAAUGAAGAAGGAAAUGACAUAUAAAGCUUAAACAAC